AUGACCGUCAAUGCAUUCAUUCCCACCGUCUUCAUUCUGAUGAUCACCAGCCGUUUCGGUGCUGCCGUGGAUAUCAACUAUGACAUCUAUUGUAACGGUAGAGGGCAUAUAAACACAACGGCACAAUACGAGGCGCGGGCGGUUACGGAGCUCGUCAUGAAUAUGUGUAUCUGUGAUCCAGGUUGGAGCUCACUCACCUUCCUCAACUACAGUGCAAGUUACUGCGUGGUGUGGACCAAGCGCGUAUAUGCCUCUAAGUUCGAUGACAUCUACAACUGUGUGCCGUAUACUUCGGUGGAGUCGGAGCCCUUCUUCCCUCCUGGAGAUUGGGUUUGCUUUGACAAGCACCCUAAGCUUGCGGAGAUCUGUCGUGAGGAUGGAAGAGUUAACAUCUACCCGAUAUUCGCUGAGAACGCUCCUCCAACAGCGGCUCUCCCGGGGUCGCAGCAAUCCAAAAGUUUAAAGUAUGAGCCCUAUUGUAAUGGUAGAGGACGAGUUAACAGAACAGCCCAGGAUGUUGAGACGAACGUCGAUUAUAUGGUGGCGAAUUUGUGUACAUGCGAUCCUGGGUGGAGCUCUAUGCUGUUCAGUAACUUCUCUGUUCGGUACUGCUCGGUGUGGACUAAGCCCACGUAUGAAGCACGCCUGGAGUCGGUCUACGAUUGGGUACCGGUAUCGUCUGUUGAACACGAGUCCUACUUUCAAACUGGCUACUGGUUGUGUUACGACAAACACCCGAGGUACACGCUCCGACAACCUCACGGCCCUGAGCUCUUAUUUCUCUACAAAAGUCCCUCGUGGUGCCGUGGCCGGUGGCGGACGAGGACCCAAAGUUGCGACUGCAGUGGAAAAGAGAAAGGAGGGUUCCCCGAGAUAUGUCUGGAAAGUGAUCGAGAUCAUAUCGUACCGACAUAUACCGUGAAUGAGGUGCCACAGCCACCAUCUACGGUCUACGAGCCAUACUGUAACGGUAGAGGUGUGUUCAACGAGACGGCACAGCUGUAUGAGAACGCCAACGACAUGGUGCUCAACUUGUGCACCUGCGAUUCUGGAUGGACCUCCUUGUUGUUCAAGAACCUGACCAUUAGUUACUGUGUCGUGUGGAAGGACGUGAUUUACGACUCGCGCUUUGAUGAUGUCUACGAUUGCGUGCCAACGUCGACUAUCGCUUAUGAUAAAUUUUUUCCGGCUGGUCGAUGGGCGUGUUAUGACAAGUACCCGAAGUAUACUUUGGCGGCACCACAGGGACCACAACUUCUCUUUCAUUUCCUACCUCCGAAGUGGUGUAAAGGUAGAUGGCGGGUCAGAACGCAGAUCUGCAAUUGUGAUAAGACUAUGGAUAAACCGCUCCCCGAAGUCUGUCAGGCUGAUGAACGUGAGAUGAUCAGUCCAGUAUUCGUCGCGCACGCGCGGCCUGAAUCUGCUAUCUCCACCAGUGCUCCACCUUCGCUGGGGUUCGAUACGAACUUCGACUUAUACUGCAAUGGUCGUGGGCACAUAGAUGAGACUACUCUGCUGAAGGAGUCAGAUUCUGAGACUAUGAUACAAAACUUGUGUGUCUGCGACGAGGGAUGGACUUCGAUGUUCUUUAGAAAUUACAGUGCAAGUUACUGCACUGUGUGGAAGGAAGCAGAGUACGAUACGAAGUUCAAUGAGAUUUAUAAUUGUGUGCCUAGUUCCACCAUCCCUAUGGAGUUGAUGUUCCCAGCUGGAGAGUGGGUGUGUCCGGAUAAGUACCCGAAGUAUGAACUACUGAAGCCGCACGGGCCUGUGUCUUUAUUCUACUUCGCUCCGCCAGCCUGGUGUACGACGAGAUGGAUGCCGCGGGCGCAGGCAUGCCGAUGUGGAGACGACCAAAAUGAAGGACUUACCGACGCCUGUAGUGCGACGAGUGAGGACUACAUAUCACCAGUGUUCGUCAAGAGGCCUCCGCCCCCGGUAAUUACGACUAAGCUCACAACUACAUCAACCACCACUACGACUACUACCACGACGGUUACCACUAGAACGACUACGACUACUUUGAAGAGUACUGUUGCCGUGGUGAUAUCGCCGGAAGUCAGCGGAACUACCGUGGUGGGAUCUACGAGUACCCCUUCCCGAAGUGCUGGUGAUGAAGUCGACGCUCAAGGCAGUACACCUUCACCCUUGAAUUCUUCGGAGUGUGGAGAGCACGGCAGUUGGUCGACUGAAACGGGAGAGUGCGUGUGUGACGAUGGUUGGGGGCCUGACCCGUCUGAAGAGGGGACAUCAGAGCCGUGUGGUCAUCUUGGCUUUGCGGGUGAUGGUGGAAAUAGAGAUGCAGCUCCAGCGUCGAAUGGCGACAACUCUGGAGGCGGAUCGUGGAUAGUCGUGGCCCUCCUGGCCGUGUUUGUGUUAGUGGUGGGGAUUAUACUCAUGGUACGACUUUGCCGGUCUCGCUGUGUCAAAGGGCGAAACGACAGACUGAUGUGGUUGUGGGAAGUGAAAAAGGCAAUCAAGAAGAGACUACCCCGUACUCGCCCCCCGCGUGGGUUUUCCGAUAGACCGACGGAGUCACCGGAGCUGAGAGACUUAUAAUUAAUUGUGAAAUGUCGUGUAAUUGACCGUCCAACGGUCGAGGUAAUUAAUUGAAUUCGUUGAGAUGAUGAUUCAAAUUUCUGGCUACUACGAAGUGGUAGACGUAUGAAAGU